AUGAGUUCUGCACCGAAUGGGCGCAAAAACCGCCCCAGAACAGCCGGGACCAUUUUUCAAAUAGGCAAGCCUCCUUCCAGAGAGUCGGAGCGCAGAGAGAGCGCCGAAGCUCAGCGUGCAGUAGCCGACUGCAGAAUGGUUGUUCAGGAGUUCAAUACUCUCGUGGCCCUCUAUCGGGAGUUGGUCAUAUCUAUCGGUGAGAUAUCUGUCGACUGCCCUUCGCUACGCGCGGAGAUGCACAAGACGCGCACGAGAGGCUGUGAGAUGGCGCGAGCAGCACACCAGAACCUGUCUGCGAUUUCGGGUGCUGGCCCAGAGGAUGGAGAGAUUCACCCUGAGAUCUGCAGACUCUUUAUCCAGCUUCAGUGCUGUCUUGAAAUGUACCUCACUGAGAUGCUUAAGUCUGUGUGUCUACUGGGAUCACUGCAGCUCCACAGGAAAGGAAAGGACACCUCAGGACCAGCCAGGAUCGAGAGCAAAAUGGACGAAAGCUCAGACAUCCCCAUCCUUGAGGACACGUCCUCUUCUCCGAUGGACUACCCUCAGUCCUACCUCCUGGUUUCCACGGACAUCGACAACAUAGAGAGGGACAUGAGGGAGAUGAAGAACUUACUAAGUAAACUCAGGGAGACGAUGCCUUUACCACUGAAGAACCAAGAUGACAGCAGUUUGCUGAACCUGACACCAUAUCCCUUGGUGAGACAGAGGAAGAGGCGUUUCUUUGGGCUCUGUUGUCUUGUGUCAAGUUAA